UCCUCCUCCUCCCCCCUUUUUCUUUAGGACGUUUAGAUAAAAUGGUUGACGAAGAAAGUAGAGUUCAAGAAUAUCUUGAAUUUGCCAUUCAGCUGGCUCAAGAUGCUGGUGCUGUAAUCAAAUCUGCCAUUGAUUCCAGAAUGACAGGAACUGGUGUUAGUCAUGUUCAUGUCAAAAAGGACAACCCCUCUGACCUCGUGACAGAGACUGAUAAAGCAGUAGAAGAAUUUAUUAAAGAAAGAUUAAAGAAAACAUACCCUCACCACAAAUUUAUCGGUGAAGAAACGUUUGCGAGUGGUGAAAAGACUGAAUUUACAGAUCAUCCAACUUGGAUUGUAGAUCCCAUAGAUGGUACCACAAACUUUGUUCAUGGCUACCCUUUUGUCGCUGUCUGUAUCGGAUUGACAAUCAAUAAGAUUCCAACUGUGGGAGUUGUAUUCAACCCAAUAUUAAACGAACUUUAUUCAGCAGCCAAAGGAUACGGUGCCUAUUUAAAUAGAACCCAAAGAUUACCCUUGUUCCAGCCUACACCUCCUUUGACGGAUCUCUCACAUUGUCUGAUCGCUACGGAGGCAGGUUCUGAUCGAUCAAAAGCUGUCAUUGAUGCUAAGAUAAACGCUAUCCAUGAAAUGAUCCGAAAGAAAUCAGAUAGUUCAAAGGCUGCUGAAGCUCACAGUGUUCGCACCACUGGCUCGGCUGCCUUGAACCUUUGUUUUGUUGCCAAGGGUGCCAUAGAUGUUUACUGGGAAGUGGGCUGCUGGGAGUGGGAUGUAACUGCAGCGAUGGUCGUCGUAACUGAGUCUGGUGGUAUUGUCCUUGAGGGCCACAGUGAUACAUCAGAUACCAAACCUGUAAAUAUAUUCUGUCGUAAAUAUCUUGCUAUCCGUGCUGCUCCUGAUAGUGAAUCUCAGAUUCAUAUUGCAAAUCAAAUGAAAAGACUCAUUCCGGAUAUUGAGGCUCCUAGACCACCUGUGCCAGGUGGAUAUGAAUAGAUCUUCUUUUUUAUAAACAGUUAAUAUGCUUUGUAUUGGUACUUUGAAUAAAAACAAAAAGAGCUUUAUGCAAUUGAUGAAUGGUAGUCUUAAUGAUGACCUCUACAACAUAAAAUAAAUAAUGUCUUGCAAGUGAGAGAAAACUGCUAAUGAUUAGAUGACGCUUCAUUAGGUUUGCCUAAAUGUUCAGAAGAAUAAGAGACAGCCUCCAUUUCAUCAUCAGAACGAAC